AUGGCGCCUCUUUUCAUGACCCUGCUUCUGGCAGGUCUGAUCUCGAGUCUUGCAGUGGCAUCGUCCCUUCCGGGGAACGUGUCCUACGUGGCUGCGGCAGGGUUUCCUACCUCUGCGUUCUCCUCGUACUACGUUUCUCCCGCUCUCCCCACUCAGGAACCUCAGCCUAUCAUCUACGAUCCUGUCUUGGACCACACCUUCCCCUUCGAGCUAACGGACCCAGACAACAUCCCAAACAAUCACGAUGAGGCUCACUUCCCCGUGCCCCCAACACACAUGCCCACCAGGAAGAGGUACAAGCUCGUCCAGGGGGUGGUGAACAAUGUCUCUAGCAUCAUCAGGUCCAACUCGACAGAUCACUGCACCAAAUGCAAGACUGCUCUGGCUGCAGCAAAGCCGGCAGCACUGCAUGCCCCAGGUCUAGUUCCAAAUGCCAUGGUGGAUCUCUGCAAGGCUUUUGCAUUCCACAGCAAUCAGACAUGCGAGCAAGACUUCGCGAUCAAUGCCUUUGGCACGGUCUGGACACAGGUUCUAGCAUUCGCCGAUGUCGAGGGCCUGGACGGUGAAUACAUUUGCCAUUCCUUGAACAAGAAGUUCUGCCCCGAUCCGAAGACUAGCCCACUGGACUCGAGCUCGCUGUUUCCAAAGCCCAAGCCGGAAAAUGCUAGUCAGCUGGUACCCAAGGCGAGUGGUGAGCGUGUGAAAGUACUGCAUCUCUCGGACUUCCAUUUGGAUGCUCGAUAUGCUGUCAGCUCGGAGGCGAAUUGCUCAAGCAAACUGUGUUGCCGAAGCGAUAAUGAUAAUGAGCACUCCGAGGAUAAACCCUUGGUUUCUGCUCCGGCCUAUGGCUACUUUAAAUGUGACACUCCCUAUGACCUAGGUCUGGCUGCUUUGCAGGCUAUCGGUCCACUGACUGGAACCGGCCGGGGAAAGCACGACGAGCACCUUGCCUGGACGCUCUACACAGGUGAUCUGGUCUCUCACGACCCAGCCCCACAGAUAUCGAAGGCUUUGACACAGUACACGGAGACCAGCAUUUAUGGCAUGUUCAAGCAUUAUCUGUCUGGUCCCGUGUUUGCGGCCCUUGGCAAUCAUGACACCAGCCCUGCUAACAUCGAUUCUCCUCACAACCUUCCCGGUCGCCUGGGAGAGCAGCAAAGCUGGAAUUAUGAGCAUCUAGCCGCACUCUGGCAGCACGAGGGAUGGAUUAGUCGCGAAACAGCUGAUGAAGCAAGCACGCACUACGGAGGCUACUCUGUCAAGACUCACUAUGGACUCCGCAUCAUCUCCUUCAACACUGAUUUCUGGCUCCGAAGCAACUUCCUGACAUUCAUCAACGCCACCAACCCAGACAACUCGGGAGUGUUUAGCUGGAUGAUCUCAGAGCUCCAAAAGGCCGAGGAUGCCAACGAGCGCGUAUGGAUAAUCGGACAUGUCCUCAGUGGCUGGGACGGCACAAACCCUCUCCCCAAUCCCACCGAUCUAUUCUACCAGAUCGUCGAGCGCUACUCGCCUCACGUCAUCGCAAACAUCUUCUUCGGUCACACACACCAAGACCAAUUUAUGGUCUACUACGCCAACAACGGAACCGUGCAGAACGCGCAAACUGCUCUUGCAACAGGCUGGAUCGUGCCCAGUGUCACGCCCCUUACGAACCUGAACAGUGGAUUCCGACUCUACGAAGUCGACACGGGAGAUUUCAGUAUCUACGACGCUUGGACUUUCUACAGCGAUGUAGCAGCUUAUCCGAGUCUCAAUGAGACAGGCCCGACGUUCCAGCUGGAGUACUCGACUCGGGAGGCGUACGGUGGUGCAGCUGGCUGGGAUCAAGAUGAUCCAUUGAACGCAACUUUCUGGCAUCGCGUGACUGAGGGCAUGGAGAAGCACUUGGAGCUCGUCACCUUGUUCAAUGAGUAUCAGGGAAAGAAGAGCGUCAAGAGUCCUGCCUGUGUUACUCCUGCAUGCCAGAAGGCUAAGGUCUGCUAUAUGCGUAGUGGGAGUGUGGCGCUGGGUAAUCAGUGUCUUCAGGGGUAA